AGCCUCUCCCCCUAUAAAGGCUAGAGCAUGCCAGCACCAUCACAACAGGCACAAAAAGACUCCUUUCAGAGUCCAGGAAGGUCCUGCUUUGGCUACAAAUUGACAGGCAAGGUGUUUAAGUGACGCUCCACUUGCGUACCUGCCAUGAAGGCUCUGGCGCUGGGUGAGAUGCUGGGGCUGCUGGUGGUGGCGCUGGUCGCUGGUCCGGCUGAAGGACUGGUGCUGACCAAGUGCGAAAUGAAGGCGGAACUGGAGGCCAUGCUGCCCGAUAUGGACGAUGAAGACGACGGCAUGAAGAGGCCCUUCAAGAUGGAGGACAUUCUGGCUAAGAUCAUCUGUAAAAUUGAGUUCACCACCCAGUUCAACACGAGCCAGGUGACCAUGAUGGACCCCCCCAAGCCCCUUUUCCCCGGCCGCAGGCCCUGGCCCCCCAGGAGACCCAGCGUCGGCGACGAGGGCUCCGGCUCCGCAGGCCAGGGCGAGGGUGAGCCGGUUCCCAAGCCCGAGAACCCUGAGGCUCCCGCGGACAAGCCAGAGAGACCGGUGCGUCGUCCUUGGGGCAGGCCCUUCGGGCGUCCCUGGUCGCCUCCCCAACGGGGCAAGCCGGCAGUGAUGCCCAGGUUCCGCCCCAUGGGGGGACGGCCGUGGGGGCGACCCCAGCAGGAGGACAGCCAGGAGGAGCCCGAGGAGGUGGAGGAGGAGGUGGAGGAGGACUCCUCGACCUGGACGCUCUACGGCAUUUUUCAGCUGGCUGACCGAGUGGUGUGUGAGUCUGAGGACACGCCCUCAUUGAACAUCUGCCAGAUGCCCUGCAGCGAUUUGAUUGAUGAUGAUAUCAGUGAUGACAUCGACUGUGUGAAGGAAUUGAAGAGAACCCACGAGAAAAUGAAAUUGGACCCAGAGCAGAAAUUCAUGGCCCUCGCCAUGAGGGCCAAAAUGAUGGCUAUGAUGUUCCCCAUGGAAUGCCGUUCUGUUGUUGCCGCUGACUACUUCGCCGAGUGCCCAACGGACUGAUGAGACGCAGGGCGAUCUCUUGUCCUUUCCUUGUGAUAUCCUGCUCACAAAUACAAUGUCCGUUACACAGUCUGUUCUGGUGUCUGUACCUGGACCAUGUGUAAUGUGGCUUCCAUCAGCUUCUGUCAUUCUAAAAUAAAAAACUGUUUGAACAACUGAAA